AUGGUUCUCAAACCGUCAUCUUCAAAACUACCGUCACGGACUUCAAGCGCCCAACUCACUCCAAAACCAUGGUACAAACACAUCACACUGGACUUGUUACUCUUGAUCCUCGCAAACUCCGUCUUCCACCCCUGGAUCACACUGGUUUUCUAUCUAUGUUUGGCGUCCGUGCACAAGCACAAGACAUCCCUGGCGUACUACACGCUCGUUUACACGGCGGUGCUGGCCGUCAUUGAGCUGUCUAUCUGGGUGAACCACCGGUUGACGUACGGCAAGCACCGCGCCGUCAGCUGGGAGGAUGAGGUCGUGGUGAUUACGGGCGGGGCGCAGGGGUUGGGGCGGACGGUGGCGGAAAUGGUCAUGCGCAAGGGGGGGAAAGUUGCCGUGCUGGAUGUGCGGGAGGUUGAUGAGAGCGCAGAGGAAGAAAUGGAGAGGUGGGAUUUCGUGUGGGAACGGGUCGAUGUGACGGAUGAGGUGCAAGUUAGGGGGGCUGUCGAGAGGGUUGUAAAGGAGCUCGGUCCGCCUACGAUCCUCAUCAACAAUGCUGCGGGUGCAGUCACGGGACUACCGCUGGUCCCCGCUGGGGAUGCAACGACUCUCUCGUCCAGCCAGGCGACCAGGACCAUCACUAUCAAUACGCUCUCCCACUUCACGACGCUCUCGGUGGUUCUGCCGUACCUCAUCUCCUCGCCACGGGGGGCACAUAUAAUCACCAUUUCGUCCAUUCUGGCUCAUCUGUGCCCUGCCCGUCUGGCCGACUACUCGUGUUCGAAGGCCGCCAUUUCUUCGCUCCACAAUACGCUUUACCAGGAACUGCUGACGCAUCCGGACUCGGGUGUCUUCUCACGCGUCAAAACUCUGCUGGUCGAGCCGGGCAUGCUCUCCACGCAGUUGUUCUCCGACAUCACGCGUGUGCCGUGGUAUGCCAACUUCUUUGGGCCCGUGCUGGAGGCCAAGGACGUGGCCAAGGAGAUUUUGCGCUGGGUCGAGCGAGGUGACGGCGGUGUGAUUCGGAUGCCCUUCUACGCCAAGUGUGUGCCCUUGUUGAGUGUCAUGCCGGGGGUUGUGCAGUGGAGUGUGAGGUGGUGGAGUGGGAUUGAUCGGGCGAUUGUUGACAGGCAGAAGAAGGCUUGA